GACAUAUUAAAAUUCUUCUUACAUACAGCAGUACACUAUGGCCGAUAGACUCCGAGGCAACGCCAGUUCAUUCAAGUCGCCAAAUCCAGGUAUCGAUGCAGGCUCUCUCCUAGGCUCCCAACGCUCAUGGAACGACAUCGAGAAUGAGACAUUUGCAAACAAGCGAAGAAAGGAAGCGAACAAGCCGCCCGCCCAUAAGGCCAAGGAAAUGAUAGAAAGAGAAAGACAAGCUGCCAGACACGCUGGACGAAUGCAGAAUCGUGUCGCUAUUGAAAGGGAGAGAAGAACAUCAUGGAAUACCGAGCGAAAGGCGACAGACGAAGCCGCAGAGAGGCUACUUAAUUUUAUCAAAGCUCAACAGCAGCAAGCCCGACAUUCCCACAAGUGGGGAAAUAAGAUUACAUCUAAACUUCAUUCGAAAGCGACACAAGAGAGAAACGAAGCAGACGCGGAACAGGAGAUGUUAGUUCUAGAGAGAAACUUUGAGGUAGCUAGAAAGGCGGAAGAACAGCGUUGGCUGCAGGAACUAGGAGAAAAUAGCAAUACAAGAAAUGCCAAGAUACAUGUUGAGAGAUGUAUGACAUCACAAAGUCUCCUAGAUCGAGGAGGCUCUUGUUGCGAGGACUGUCAGUAUGAUUCUACACUUUCUUACAUGGCGGAAGAACAAGCGCAACGUAGCCUUAGGGCUGUUUAUGAUGGAAAUUAGAGAGAUGGGUGUGUUCAUCGAGAUUUCUGUAGGCUGGACCUAUGGGAAUUCUGAAUAUGGCUGUA